AUGGCCAUCGUACGAGCGAUCGGGAAGCCGGACCUGUUCGUCACGAUGACGUGUAACGCAAAGUGGCCAGAGAUCACCCAGGCCUUGCUACCAGGGCAGACGGCCGCCGAUCGACCGGACCUCUCCGCACGCGUUUUCCGGUUAAAGCUGAAGUCCAUGCUGGAGGACCUCUCAGCGGGAGUCCUUGGAUUGGAAGUUGCCCGCAUUCACGUCAUCGAGUACCAGAAACGUGGUCUGCCGCACGCACACUGUCUACUCAUCCUUGCCGAGAGCGAUAAGCCGCGGUCGGCAGCUGACUACGAUCGACUGGUGUCUGCCGAAAUUCCGGAUCCUGCAAACGAGCAGCUCUACGAAACCAUCAGCAAGUCCAUGAUGCACGGUCCAUGCGGUCGGUCGAAUCCCAACUCGCCAUGCAUGAAGGAUGGAUCGUGCUCGAAAAAGUUUCCGAAGCAGUUUUGCGAGGAAACACGGCAGACGCAGGACGGAUACCCAUUGUACCGGCGACGCAAUGAUGGUCGCACCGUAACGAUCAAGAAUAUAGCGCUUGAUAAUCGUUACGUGGUGCCGUACAAUCCGUGGCUUAGUCACAAGUACAACAGCCACAUCAACGUGGAGGUGUGUGCGACCGUCAGCAGCGUCAAGUACUUGUACAAGUACGUGUACAAAGGGCACGAUCGGGUCGCUUUUUCGACGCAUGAAACGGUGGACGAAAUCCAGCAGUACGUCGAUGCUCGCUACAGCAUGCUGACCCGGUCGCAGUCACCACAGCAUGCUGACCCGGUUCUUCCUGUUGUCGGCCAAUGA